CUCAGGAUUGAACUUACAAGAUCAAGACCAGCCCAAAACAAUGAAAUCUUCCCUUACCCUCUGCAUUUCUUUAUGCACUCUGAUCACGGUCUGCUCAUCAGAAGAGUCCAAUCUUCAGGACACCUGCCCGACAGCUCCAACUGCAAAACAGGGGAUCUUCAUCAAUGGGUACCCUUGCAAGAAUCCUGCAAACGUCUCUGCUUCGGAUUUCAAGUCCUCGAAGCUCGACCGCCCAGGCAACACCGACAACUUCCUUCGCUCCGCGCUGACCCUGGUCACGGCCUUGGACUUCCCUGGCCUGAACACACUUGGGUUAGCCACAUCCAGGACCGACCUCGACGUGGACGGUCUGCAGAUCCCCCACUCCCACCCGAGGGCAUCGGAGAUUGUGUUCGUCAGCAAGGGCGUCGUGCUGGUAGGGUUCGUGGAUACGCAGAACCAGCUGUUCCAGAAGACGCUCAAGGCCGGAGAUGUGUUUCUGUUCCCGCGGGCGCUGCUGCAUUUCUGCUUGAAUGCUGGGUACGAGAAGGCGGUGAUCUUCUCGGUUCUGAACAGUCAGAAUCCUGGCGUGGUCAGGAUUGCUGACGCCAUGUUCCUUCAGGAUGAGGGAGACGUGAUGGAGAAGCUUGUCAGCAGAAUUAAAUCAUCCGUCGCCGCUUUGGAGAUGAGUGGCGGCGUGAUUACCUAGCCUGCCUGCCUGCCGGGCGACUCGAGGACCUCUCUCGAUUGUAUCUUGUAUUAAUUUCUUUGAAAAUUCGAUUUGAAUGUAAAAAAUGUGCAUUGCAAUUAAUUUAACACAUGUGACUUUUAUUGAGAAGAUCUAUGAUUAAGAGUACUAUUAUGGUGAGGCAAAAUGGCAAAUAGCCGUCUUUUUGAUUUUUUUCCUUGUUGUUCACUCCACCAAAUGAUAUCGCUUUUAAGCUUCGUUCUUAAACAGGACGCUGCAGAUGAUGGGGUAACUAUGGAGUUUGCCUUGAUGAAGCAAAGUUCAAGUCCUCUCAGCAAUGAGAUGGAGAACCUCAGCAGCUUCAUGGAAAGUUUAUCUCAUCUUUGCAAUUGCUCGUUGAAAAGUCAUAUUCCAAGAGUUUAUCCUCAUCGGAAAAACAAACUUCUUUGCCAAAUGGGGUUUCGGAGGUGAUUUUGUGGUUGGGUUCAAUCCAUUAGUUUUGCAGGUAGUGGAAUGUUCCAUGGCCUGACAGAAAGCUAAGGGACCAAAUGGAAGAGCCCAUGCAGGCUAGUUUUAAUUUUAGGGAAAGCCUAGUAGGCAAUCUGAAUCAAAUGCUCUGCUACCUGUGUAUCACCAUCAAUCAAAUUGUGGGUGAUCUCAGUAACUGUCAGGUAGGAACUUUGCAUGGUUCUGUUUGUUUUCGUGAUAUAAUGAUCAGCUCUCUAGCUUUACCCUCUUUUUGUGUUGAUUCGACCGCAGUACGUUACCUACAGACAUGCAGGUGUCAUGGCAGUUGAACCUCCUCAAACCCCAUUUGACAAAGAACUUUGUGUUUGAGAAAGAUAAUUGAAGGUGAGUAUCCAACCUAAUUUGACCGAUCAAUGCGAGUUGAACCUCCUCAAAUCCGCAAUCAAUCCAAACAAUUCAUAAAGGAAAAUCACGAUUACCUCAAACAAACAAACAAAAAAAAACAAAAAACCAUACAAAUUAAAACAUUAGCGUCAUGAAAGAAGUUUAAACAUAAGUAAUUUAUUCGACAACCCCUCUACCUUAUGCAAGUUCAUCGAACAUAUGCUAUUGUAAAUAACUAACCUAUGAAAAGAAUGAUUAUGAAUGAAAUAAGAUUACUUUCACUUUUGGAUCAACAUUAAAAUUAUUACUCUUUAAAAUAUUUAUCUUUGUGAUACGCGAAGCGAUAGCGAGUAGGCAUUUGCUAGUCUAUUUAAUUUCGUACCUCUAUUGAAUAUAACCGCUAUACAAGGUGAAGAUUUUUAUAAGGAGAUCUAUGUGUCAUGAGGUAACCGAAAUAUAAUUGUAUAGUCCGCCAUGCCUUUCUAAAAAAAUGGUAAAACAUUGAAAAAAGAAAUCCCCCAACAUCCCCAUUUACUGUAGCCCAAGAGACCUUUUACUGUGCUUAGUGACUCAUAAUUACUGUUUCCACUGGGAAGGGGCUCGGGUGUGGGCGGGCACAUGGUGUAUCUCUUUGGUUCCUAAUGGGAUCUUUGUAGUUCAGUUGCUUUAGAGCUCUGGUUUGCCUUCUGGUUGGCUGUCCUCUCCGUCCACCUUACACGCAUUGGUCACUCGGCAAACCAGAGAGAAAGCUACUGCUACUUUAGGGUUCACAUUUUGCUUGACAUGACCAGAGCUGCAGAAAGAGUGUGAGAUCUGAGUUUGACGUGAAUAGAGAGGGUGAAAGAGUGAGUUGCAGUAUGUUCCUUGAGAGACUCGCUGUCGCGCUGUUCAAUGCACACAGAGAGGCGAAAAAGUCUACUGUCUACUUUUUCUCUGUUCUUUCUUUCUCGGCCACAUAUUUUUCCUUUAUUAAAAAAAGCAACUCUCUCUUUAUAUCCAGUUUAGAAUGGAAAGCAUCCAUUCUCCUCUUUUGAAAUUCUCUCUUCCCAUCUCGCUCAUGGAACUGUUACUUCACUGAUCGAGCCAAGCUUUGUUGUUCUUCAAUUCACUGCCCGAGCAUCAUCAUCUUGGUCGCAGGUGCUGGACCACCAGCUGGCGGAUGAGAUAGCUGCGAGAAUCCCUCUCUCCCAUGAAUGCGGAGCUUUGGAUCGUAGAAUCUCUUUUUUCUCUAUUUCAGGUCGGGACAACGAUUUCGUUCCUUACUGUGUUGUUUUCGAGCCGGUGGUGGUCUUGUGGCCUUUUAAUGUGUUGCGAACACCUUCUCUGUUUUUUUGGGCUUUAGGUUUGUUUUGCUUCUACCUGGAGUUAACAUAUCUAUUAUUUGCCAUUGCUUUUGAUUUCCCAGCUGGUAUUCGACGCCAAGAGAAAAGAUAUGGGAUUUCAGAUAAGAAAGCGGGAACUUCGAACAACUUUUGUAUGAGUACUCUGCAAUAGACUGCGAAAGGAUUCUCUAUACUUCCUUCCAUGGACAAAAGCUUGGUUCGGUUUCUACUUCAUGACUUUAUAAUUCCAUCCUCUUAUAUCCCUCUUUUUAAAGAUUUGUAGUCUUUUCUAAUGCACUUGGCCAUAUUCUUUUUGCUAGGAUUUCGACGACGGGGGAAGUUGAUAAUCAGACCAGAAUUGCACACAUUUCUAUCAAGAAUUUUGGUGGGCUCAAUGAUGGGUCUGCCAUUUGAAGGUUCAACAAUGAUGUGGGUAUCCGAAAUCUCGCGGCGACCAAGGUAUUGAUGUAUUCACUUCCUUUAGGUUUUUAUAUUGUUCUUGCUUCAUUUUUUGUGGGACGAUUUCAACGUUUACAACUUCUUUUGCUUAAAUGAUCAGUGGCGGAGUUACUGUAACUACCGCGAAAAGAAAGAGACGAGCCAUUAUAGGUAAAUGGUUUUCAGAUGUUAACAUAUGGUGAAGGUUGUGACAAAGUUGUCGCAAUCCAAGUCAUUUCUUCCAUCCUUUUGACGAGUGAGGCGAUAUAGCGUCGGGUUCAAGAACUUCAAUAUCAUCAAGAAUCCCUUCAGUAAGUCAUCUCGAUUCUCUGUUUUUAUUUAUUUUUUGGGUGUAUCUAACUAUUUUCCUCAUCUUCCCCGAUCUGUGAGGUGGGCGACGGGAGUAUCGUGUUUCGAUCAACAUAUACUUCUACUGCUGAUCCAUGGUGGUCUUGGCAGUGUGUAGGACGAUGAACCCAAAUCAACCAAAUAGAUUGAGAAAUCCUACCAGAAGCUGUCUCUUUGAUAGAUAGGGCAGAUAUAAUAGAUUGGAUAUAUACAGCUCUCUGGUGGUCAACAUGAGUGAGAGGUGAAGAGAGAAUCCUGAGUGACCAAGCACCUCCAACCUGAAGCCAAUUUGGGACUUAUUACAGCAACGAGGAAGUUAAGGAUUUGUAACUCAAUCAAUAAGUUUCCUUUUCACUUUUGGCACUCACCCAUUACAUGAUUUGAUUUUUGUUUGCUUUAAGUAUUUAAUUUAUGUUCCUUUUCUGUUUAGUGUUACGUUUCUGUAGUUUUUCACUCUUCUUUCUAUCUUAUAUAGCAGGAACAAGCUGUUGUUUGGAGUCUGGUAUUUAACCAACAUGCCUAGACUCUUCUGUUCCUUCUAUGAUGAUCUGUACAUGGUUUACAACAGCGGCUGAUUUUGGCAUGAUCCACCAUGGGGUAAGAAAUGGAAUUAGUCCAUCUUUAUCAUGUACUUGAAGCAAAGAUACAAGGAACUGUUGUGCAAUCUCUGUUUUGUGAUGUUUGCCUAGCCUUUGGCGAUUCUGUUGUUCUAGGAUUACUUCGUGAGCCAUCAUUUGGACUAUUGAGUUAUAGGUAGUUCCAUGAUCCAGGUGUGGGUAGUAACUGAAAUCAUAUGACUCGAGGAUUGAAUUAAAUCAGAGUUAUCAUUUUGCUUAGGUUCUCUUAAUUAGCAAUGAUGCCUACACAGACACCAUUAUAUAGUUCACCUUCAUUCUCUCUUAUGCUAGCAUAUUUGUUGUUGCAAACACAAUGUAAGUUGAGCAAAGUUGAGGGUGGGGAGAGGCCUUUCAACCAAGUCCAUCCAUAAUAGACAUUUGGCACUUUACAGUACACUUGUGCCUUUUAAAUUCCUGUUUGUAGUAGGCAUUGCAGGAUUUGCUCUUUUCAUUUCUUCUUUCUUUUGCAGGUGAAAGAUCUUUUUCAAGUGUGAAGUUGUUGGUUAUGGAACUAUGUUUUGCAUGGUGAUGAACGUUGGCAAUUAGUGUCUUUGCUUAUAAUGCUUCCUUGCUUAAUGUGCUUUCGGAUCUUUUUCCAGAACAGUUGGGAGUUUUGUGCUUCUUUCUCUGACAGGUUGCUAUAUUUACGGUCUAUGUUGUCUUUCAGAAUAUUUGGAAUGUGUAUAAUCUAUGUGUAGGUGACUUGGGUUGUCAAAUGCGAUGUGUUUAAUUUUUGAAUAAUGUAUGUACUUCGAAUAGUCUAACCUCACUUACCAGCCAUUAUGUAAUCAUAAAACAUGAAUAUCCAAUAAAAUGUCAUUAGUUCAUUGAAGUCCCAGCGUGAAGCGUGGGAAAUAAAAACUAGUUUAGUAUAAAACCACAUCUAUGCACCAUGUCAUUCGAUUUUGUUUGAUUUGUACGACAAACUACCAUGAAAUUUUGAUAACCAAUAUAACAGAUUUGAAGUACAUAUAUUCUCAACCAUGAGAAUUUUGCAAUCAUGACAUCUUUUUUCCUAAUGAAUAACAGUCGCUUUU